AUGCCGUUGACCACACCGGUUUUGACGGUGGAUGCAGAUAAUAUUCACAAGGUGGAUACUGCGAAUGCACAGAGUCUCCAUGGCAUGUGGAUGGUAUUUUCGAAAUGUGCCGACUACAUGGAUCAGGGACGUCGCCUCGAGAACUUGAGUUGGCGUCUGUGGACCCGCGAGACCUUCUGUGUUGAACCCGAGAAGUCCAACGAAGCAUCAGUUCUUCCCAAGCUGCGCUCGGAGGCCGGUGAUCUGCCGGAGCUCUCCGCAAGUGUCGAGUCGGCCGCGUCCGACCAAGCCGAACGCAUCGAAGCUCACAUCAAACGUCCCCGGUUCUCGGAUUACCGACCGGCCGUGGUCCGUGAGGACUCACUAGCCAGCCUAGGUCGUGGCAAGGAGAAGCACAUCACCUCGUUGGACCUAGAGCGAAUGGUCCUCAAUAUCAAAGAGAGGAAGAACUUGGAGCCGCUGGCCCCCAUGGUCGAACCCGCCGCUCCUGUUGUCGACAUUACUCCCCGGCCGUCCACCCCGACUCCUACUCCUCCCUCGGUUUCAACGGCCAGACAGGUUCCGAUCUUCCCUCGCCCGGUCUGCCGUCCUCGCGAAUCGACCGAGUCAUGCUCGACUACCGCCCCCGAAGGCAAUGAGAGCGAUUCGGCCCAGGUCAACGCCUCCGAUACCAGUGUAUCCUCUUCCGGAGUCCUUCCUAGCAGACCUGAAUUGAUCAAGUCGCCGAGCGUCGUUCGCGGCUUCUCACCAUCCAUUAUCUCCUCCUCCUUCCGGUCGCAACCUAGACUGGCCGCGGAACCGAGUCCCUCCCGUGAAACUCCCCAACUGAAACCCUCACCUCUUAAAAAGAAAGGAGGCAUGUUUACACUAGGUGGAUCUUCUGGGGAAGAUGACGAGAGCUCAUUCGAAGAGCGCAUCAAUGCGACCGUACCUCAGGAGAUUACGACCGGCGGUGGAUCUUUGAGGCCGACUGGCAGCAACCCGAGCUCGUCCAAGAAAGUCGCCUCUUUCAGCGAUCACGUUCAGACCAUCCGACCUCCCAAAAGCCCCCUUGUUGCCGAUGAGGACGCCAUUGAGACCGAUGACGACGUCUCAGAGAGCGCUAUCGAAGACGACGAAGAUUCCGAUUGGGAGGACUCCGUGACAGAGAGCGGCAAAUCAAGCGUGGACGAGCGACCGGAGAUGUUCCAGCGGGUGGAUUCCCGCCCCAAUCUGGUGUCGAGGCGAUCGCUUCUCACCAUGAUGAUGCACCAGCCUGGUAAGAUGGGAGGCAAUACGUUCCGGUCCAGUCCCGCACUGCAACGGUCACGUUUAACAUCACCCAACGGACCUUCCAUUCCUGCUUCGCCUUCAGAGAAGGACGAUGAGAACCUGACCAUGCGUGGCCCUGGUGUUCCCCGAUCAAAGCCCAUCACUAUGAAAUCGCCACCGCCGCAGUCAGUCGCCCAUUCGCCGCGUACCACCCGUCGCAACAUGCUUGCGACCGAGUUAACCGAGUCUCUGCGUCGACACCUCCUUUGGGAGCGCCAGCAGAAGAGCGCCACCGCCAAUGCGUUUUUGAAACGGCGUCACACUGCUCACGACAUGAAAAACCUCCAAGAAUAUCCCAAAGGACCGCACCGGGCUCCAGGAGCCGGUCCAUCCACUUCAGGAGACGCGAAUGUCGGCAACCAGGCUCGGGAUAAGGAUCUCUCCAAGAACGGCUCAUGGACCAAUUAUGCAACCGACUACGGCCCUUGGGAGUACCACGUUAAGGGAUGGUAA